ACUAGUAGUGUACUAUAUAGGGAAUAGGGUGCCAUAUGGGACUCAGCCUGUGUUUGUUUCCAACAGGAAGCUCUGUGAUCCUGGUCUGACGUCGUUUGAACCAGAAGCUCUGGGGAACCUGGUAGAGGGACAUGACUUCCAUCGCUUCUACUUCGACAACGCCCUGUCUAAAGGUAGCAAGCCGGUGCACACCAUCCUCCUCAACCCUCACGUCCAUCUGAUAGCGGAGAACGCUGCGUGCAUCGCCUACAUCCGCCUGAGCCAGUACAUGGACGCGGGGGGGAUGCCUCGCACCAUGCAGUCUGAGGAGACCCGCGUCUGGCAUCGCAGAGAGGGAAAGUGGCAGAACAUACACUUCCACCGCUCUGGCUCGCCCAGCGUACCAUCCCACUAAUGGAAUAUCAAGCUUCAGUCUAAACUCCCAAGACAGGCAACAAUCAACAAGCCAACCCGUGUUCUCCAUUUAACCUCUGACCCCUGACCCCUCUGUAUGGACAUGACAUCACACAGGAAAAGGAAAUCAACCCCAAAAGGUCGUCAGGUCAUCCUAACCACCUAGAGUGCGUCCCUAAAUGGCACCCUAUUCCCUACAUUGCCCAUGGGCUCUGGUCUAAAGUAGUGCACUAUAUUGGGAAUAGGGUGCCAUAGGGCUCUGGUCUAAAGUAGUGCACUAUAUAGGGAA